GUCAAGUGAUGAAAUCAAGACUAGUACAUGGGAAGGAAGCUCACCCAAUAGCUCACGAACCUAACUGGUGACAGAAGCUGCUGAACCUUGCUCGAGGAAACCAUACGAGCUAAUAGUUGCAGCCGUCAUGAGGUGGUUCUCGGGGGCACUGGGCCCCCCAGUCUCCGGGCAGCGCACUCCUUCAUUUUGGAGAACCGCAGAGAAAGGCAGAAGUGUGUGAGGGAAAUACAGACUUCUGGUUCCCCAAGGACCCAGACGGAGUUCUGGUUACAAGGCGACCACUGCCACCAGGUCAGUGCAGGACUCCUCAAAUGUAGACGGGCGGAGGCGCGCCUCGCUUGGAAAACCAGCCUCCCUGUCCGCGGAGACAGAAGGGGCGCGGCGGCUGCGCUCCGCCGGGACGGCGCCCCUACCCAGCGCGCGGCGCGCUCAGUCCUCACCUGGAGCGCUCAGGUAUUACCCUUUAAUGAAAUCUUCUUGCCAGCAAAUCUAUGAUAAAAAAUAUAAGUUACAGAAGAAACUAUAACUGUUAUUUUUCAAGUGGCAAGCUUUUAAUGUCAGAAUGGCUCACAUAAAACGACUAGUAAAAUUACAUCUUAAAAGACAUUAUCAUAAAAAAUUCUGGAAGCUUGGUGCAGUAAUUUUUUUCUUUAUAAUAUUUUUGAUUUUAAUGCAAAGAGAAGUAAGUGUUCAAUAUUCCAAAGAGGAAUCAAGGAUGGAAAGAAAUAUAAACAAAAACAAGGUGUUUGAUUUAAUGUUAGAAGCUGUAAACAAUAUUAAAGAUGCGAUGCCAAAAAUGCAAAUAGGAGCACCUGUCAGGCAAAACAUUGAUGCUGGUGAGAGACCCUGUUUGCAAGGAUAUUACACAGCAGCAGAACUGAAACCGGUUCUUGACCGCCCACCUCAGGAUUCCAAUGCACCUGGUGCUUCUGGUAAAGCGUUCAAGACAACCAAUUUAAGUGUUGAAGAACAGAAGGAAAAAGAACGUGGAGAAGCAAAACACUGUUUUAAUGCUUUUGCAAGUGACAGGAUUUCUUUACACCGAGAUCUUGGACCAGACACUCGACCUCCUGAAUGUAUUGAACAAAAAUUUAAGCGCUGUCCUCCCCUGCCUACCACCAGUGUCAUAAUAGUUUUUCAUAAUGAAGCCUGGUCCACGCUACUUAGAACUGUCCACAGUGUGCUUUAUUCUUCCCCUGCCAUACUGCUGAAGGAAAUCAUUUUGGUGGAUGAUGCUAGUGUAGAUGAGUACUUACAUGAUAAACUAGAAGAAUAUAUAAAACAAUUUUCAAUAGUAAAAAUAGUCAGACAAAAAGAGAGAAAAGGUCUGAUCACUGCAAGGUUGCUAGGAGCAACAGUUGCAACAGCUGAAACCCUCACAUUUUUAGAUGCUCACUGUGAGUGUUUCUAUGGCUGGUUAGAACCUUUGUUGGCCAGAAUUGCUGAGAACUACACGGCCGUGGUGAGUCCAGAUAUUGCAUCCAUAGAUCUAAACACGUUUGAGUUCAACAAACCUUCUCCUUAUGGAAGUAAUCACAACCGUGGAAACUUUGACUGGAGUCUUUCAUUUGGCUGGGAAUCACUUCCUGAUCAUGAGAAGCAAAGAAGGAAAGAUGAAACCUACCCAAUUAAAACACCCACUUUUGCAGGAGGCCUUUUUUCCAUAUCAAAAGAAUAUUUUGAAUAUAUUGGAACUUACGAUGAAGAAAUGGAAAUCUGGGGAGGUGAAAAUAUAGAAAUGUCUUUCAGAGUAUGGCAAUGUGGUGGGCAGUUGGAGAUUAUGCCUUGCUCUGUUGUUGGACAUGUUUUUCGCAGCAAAAGCCCUCAUACCUUUCCAAAAGGCACUCAGGUGAUUGCUCGCAACCAAGUUCGCCUUGCAGAAGUCUGGAUGGAUGAAUACAAGGAAAUAUUUUAUAGGAGAAACACAGAUGCAGCAAAAAUUGUUAAACAAAAAUCAUUUGGUGAUCUUUCAAAGAGAUUUGAAAUAAAGCACCGCCUUCAAUGUAAAAAUUUUACAUGGUACCUGAACACUAUUUAUCCAGAAGCAUAUGUGCCAGACCUUAAUCCUGUUAUAUCUGGAUAUAUUAAAAGCGUUGGUCAGCCUCUGUGUCUGGAUGUUGGAGAAAAUAAUCAAGGAGGCAAACCAUUAAUUUUGUACACGUGUCAUGGACUCGGGGGAAACCAGUAUUUUGAAUACUCGGCUCAACAUGAAAUUCGGCAUAACAUCCAGAGGGAAUUAUGUCUUCAUGCUGCUCAAGGUCUUGUUCAGCUGAGAGCGUGUGCCUACAAAGGUCACAGGACAGUGGCCAGCGGAGAACAGAUAUGGGAGAUCCAGAAGGAUCAACUUCUAUAUAAUCCAUUCUUUAAAAUGUGCCUUUCAGCAAAUGGAGAGCAUCCAAGCUUGGUGUCAUGCAAUCCAUCAGAUCCACUCCAAAAAUGGAUUUUUAGCCAAAAUGAUUAAGUGUUCCUUAAAAUUAAGGAGUUGAAAAA